AUGGGAAAACCAAGCAGAGUGAACCAAACUGCUGUUUCAGACUUCCUCCUUCUUGGACUCUCUGAGAAGCCAGAGGAGCAACCCCUCCUAUUUGGCGUCUUCCUGGGCAUGUACCUGGUCACCAUGACAGGGAAGCUGCUCAUCAUCCUGGCCAUCAGCUCUGACCCACACCUUCAUACUCCCAUGUACUUCUUCCUGGCCAACCUGGCAUUAACUGAUGCCUGUUGCACCUCUGCUUCAAUCCCUAAAAUGCUGGCCAACAUUCAUACCCAGAGUCGGACCAUCUCCUAUUCUGGGUGCCUUGCACAGCUGUAUUUCCUCCUUAUGUUUGGUGGCCUUGACAACUGCCUGCUGGCUGUGGUGGCAUACGACCGCUAUGUGGCCAUCUGCCAGCCACUCCAUUACAGCACGGCUAUGAGUCCCCAAUUCUGUGUACUAACGCUGGUCAUGCGCUGGAUGCUAACCAACUGCCCUGCACUGAUGCACACACUGCAGCUUCUCACAAAUCUGGAGAACCGGAGCAGCGUGUCUGAGUUCCUCCUCCUGGGGCUCCCAAUCCAGCAAGAGCAGCAGGGAGUGUUCUUCGCCCUGUUCUUGGGCAUGUACCUGACCACGGUGCUGGGGAACCUGCUCAUCACCCUGCUCAUCAGGCUGGAUUCCCGCCUCCACACCCCCAUGUACUUCUUCCUCAGCCACUUGACCUUCUCGGACGUUUCCCUUUCAUCUGUCACAGUUCCAAAGACACUGAUGAACAUGCAGACUCAGCAACAAUCCAUCCCCUACGUGGGGUGCAUUUCACAGGUGUAUUUCUUUAUGUUUUUUGGUUGCCUUGACAAUCUUCUUCUCACAGUGAUGGCCUAUGACAGGUAUUUGGCUGUCUGUCGCCCUCUCCAUUACACCACCAUCAUGAAGGAGGGGCUUUGUAUUAUCCUAGUGGCUGGAUCCUGGUUUUUCUCUUGUGUCCAAACUCUGUUGCACACCCUCCUCGUGGGCCAGGUGUCCUUCUGUGCAGGGACUAUCAUCCCCCACUUCUUUUGUGAUCUUGCUGUUGCGCUCAAGUCCUCCUGCUCAGACACCUCGCUCAAUGAGCUGCUUAUUCUCACUGAAGGAGGAUUGAUCUUCAUCCUGCCAUUGAGUGGUAUCUUGGGCUCAUAUAUCCGCAUGGCAGGCAUCAUUCUGAAGGUCCCCUCCUUCAAAAGAAUCUCCAAAGUCUUGUCUACAUGUGGCUCCCACCUCUUUGUGGUGUUUUUAUACUAUGGGACAAUUGCCGGUGCUUACUUUUUCCCUUCAUCAGGCAACUCCAAAAAUAAGAAUAUAAUUGCUUCUGUGAUGUACAUGGUGGUCACCCCUAGGCUGAAUCGCUUCAUCUACAGCCUGAGGAAUAAGGAUAUGAAACAUGCUCUUCAGAAAAUUUUUAGAACCAAGGACUCCCCCUUGGUGUGA